CUGCCCGCGUCUCACUUAGGGUUUCCGAUUGUGUGACAUGGGCCUGAUCCCUUUAUCGUGUCGCGUCGUGAAAAGCCGGAGCUUGCGAUCGAGCGAAUGCGAAAAUACAUCGAAAUCCAAUGCCGAGGAGCGGAACGGGGAAACAUGAUCGGUGCGUCGCCGAAGAAGCUCGGGAAACUCCGCGCGCAUGCUGCUUUUUCGCGCCGCGGGGAUUGAUCGCGGAACGGCCGAGAGGGUGCGCAUCUAGACGGGGGUGGUUCGGGCCGGCCUUUAUAUAAAGGUAGCGUGAUUUUGAAACUCCGUCAUUGAAAUUGAUUAACGCGAGCGAGUCUCUCGGAUUCUCCGCGCAUACUCUCGCCGCCUGCUUCUUCGUUGCUCGCCGGGCAGGAUUUCCGUCGCGUGAAUCGGAAGUACGGAAUACCACGGAAGUAUGUCUUUGAAUAUGACCAGCGACCUGGCGGACGACUCGCUCGACGGAUUAGAUCGACCAAACGGUGCUUACGUUUUCGCGGCGAUUGUGCUCGGUUUCAUUGGCGUCUUCGGCUUCACCUUCAACCUGUUGGUCAUCCUUACGAUCGCUAAAAACAAGGACACGCUGUGGAUGCCCAACAACGUUGUGCUCCUCAACAUGGCCGUUGGAGAUCUCUUGGUAGCUGCACUGGGCAAUCCUAUCACAAUGACGUCGGCGAUCGCCGGUGUGUGGUACUGGAGCUACAAUGUGUGCGUGUUGUACGCGUGGUUCAUGACUACCAUGGGGUUCGCCAGUAUCGGUAAUUUAACAGUGAUGGCAUUCGAGAGGUUCUUGCUGGUGACAUGCCCGAUGAGGACGCUAUCGACAAGGCAUGCUUACAUAUUGAUGUGUUUAGUUUGGGUGUACGCGCUCUCCUUGUCGCUGCCGCCGUUCUUCAAUUGGGGAAAGUACGGCCUGGAGAUGAGCAAUAUAUCCUGCAGCGUGUCUUGGGAGAAGCACAGUCCCGAGACGCACAAUGACACUUACAUCGGAUUUUUGUUUAUUUUUGGCUUCCUCGUCCCCGUCGUGAUAAUUACCGGCAGUUACUACAGCAUCAUCCGUACCUUGAGGAACAUCAAAAAGAGAGUCGGUCAGGGCAACAAGACAGAAACGAGGAUCACAAAGAUGGUGUUGCUGAUGAUCAUUGCCUUCCUGAUCGCCUGGAUGCCCUAUGCCAUACUCGCUCUCGCGAUUCAAUAUUUCUACGUGCAAACGUCGCAUAUCGCAACCGCGUUGCUGCCGGAGCUGCUCGCGAAAUCCUCCAUCUGCUACAACCCCGUGAUAUACGCGAGCCUGAACAUGCAGUUCUUUCGCGCUUGGAAGAAGUUGUUCAGCAGUCCCGGCGAGCUCGAAAAAAGGACCUUACCCAACAAGGUCAAUAAGGACAACGCGAUGAGCACGACGAACAAAAUCGAGAUGAGGACCCUCAAUCACAUGUGAGCCAAGUCGAAGGCAAUGGCAACCGGACUCGACACUACCUUCGCCACUACCUUCGCAGAUCCUUCGGGAACGGAAGAAGGGGGAGAAGGAGGGAGUCGGCACCGAGUGAGAGAGAAUGAUUUCCCAAGUUGCCAGGUUGCCGCAAGGACGCUGGGCGAUCUUUCAUCCCCUUCCCCGAUCUCGAAUUAUUAUGAGACGAGCGAGUUGCAGCGAGUGGAAGCGCUCCAUCGGCUCUCAGCGCAAAGCACACGCGCGCGAGGAACUCGCGAGCACGCACGACCGGCUUUCCAAGCGCGAACCGCGGCAUAUCGUCGGGAACGACAUUCGUGUAUAAUAAAGUCACGGAAAAUAGGAAACAGACUGUCAGGAAAUGGGCUAUUUACUCGCCACGUUGCUUCUCGGUAAAAGAAAGAGAAAAGAAAAAGAGAGGACAG